AUGGCGGUUGCCCUUUGCCCAGCGUGGCAUACUGUUCUUCGGCCAAGGCCUUUGCCAGCGCGGACGCUUCGACGAGCACAUGUGCAGCCGAUAGUUCGGUUGCCCAACAGCUCUAGCCCCUUUGAAAACUUCGAGACCUUUGGAUGGCGUUGGAGUCCAGACCUCAGCCUGGACGAGAAUCUCUUGCGCUUGGCACUCUUGGCCCGUUUGAAUUGCUUCAAAGUGGCGAACUACACCGCUGGGCGCUGCAGUGCAAUGAUGUGUCGUCCUCCGCGGAUUAAUGGCUCUCAUGUUGAGAUUGAGGUGAUUGGAUUUGGCAUCAAUACGCCACCGCGCUUCGGAACCAUUCCAAGGGACCCCAAUGCGGGUAUGAGACCCUGGAAUCGGAAGGAACCGCCGCAGAAUGAGAUCCAUUCGGAGAUGCAAAUCAUCGGCCGUUGCGCAAGAGAGGGGAUCCCAAUGAAAGGCUCCUGGCUGUAUGUGGCGUUACCACCCUGCUGGGAGUGUUGCAAAGCCCUGGUGGCUGCUGGAGUCGCCCGAGUCCUCUUCAAAGGCAAAGGCCGACGUGCACCAGCUGCGAUCAUGGAGAAUGCCAAAGAGAAGGUCUUUGCCGAGGCAUUUGGCAUGGAAUGGCUACAUGCAGAGUUUAGCCUGGAGCGGGAGCAAUACUUGGAUGAAAUGUGGGAAGCCUACAAGAAGGAGCUUCGCAUAACUUCGCCCAAGGAAAAAGGCUUGAUUCGUUCCAAGGUUACUGACUGUGUUCCAUGCGAAUUGGGCCGUUUCCUGGUUUCAGCCCCCAAGAUGACCAAGGACGACUGCCUGAAGUUGGCCCCGGUGGGUGCUGCCUUUGCAGCGGGCCAGGUGGCCACAGUGGCAUCCCUAGGUGCAGUAGCCGUGUCGUUCACGCACGUCGUGAAGGCCUUGGAGCCUGCUGUGAACGCCAUUGCCUCCGCGCUGAUUCUUGGACAGGUCUUCCAUCCUAUGGUCUACGCUUCUCUACUCCCGGUCUUUGCUGGAGUUGCAUUGGCAUCCUCCAAGGAGCUUUCAUUCACAAUGUUUGGCUUCCUCACGGCCAUGGCCUCAAAUUUCUUCUUCGUGACACGCAACGUGCUCGCCACGAAGUUCGGUGAUGUGGGCGACAUGGGGGAGGACAAGACCCAGAGAAAGACCAAUCAGCUGGCUGUACUUACAGCCGUUGCUGCACUGGUGCUGCUGCCGGUGGCCGUGCUGCUACCAGGUGGAUUCACCUCCGUGCCAACUGCUUGGAAGGCGGUAAGGACCAGCUGGUGUCAGAUUCAGCAGGGUGUGAGACUUGAGGUCUUCCUGUCCCAUCCGGCCAAAUAUUUAUCGACUCAGAGAAUUUGUUCGAAGCCAGUGAUUUCCCAUGGCAUCAGCUGUCGGUUGAUCAUUGUACCAAAUGUGCCUGAACUGGUGGCCGUGUUAUAUGCAUCGUCAGCGGUGUCCGCGGUGUCUCCAAACUGGGCUUACAACUUGACGGUGUCGGUGUCUGUUUGCCAAGCCAAGGAUCCAGAUUGGAAGAUCACGCGCUCUCGGGUGGAGAGUUUAUCCAAGGAGAAGCCAUGCAGCGGCGUCUUCCGAGGACUCUUGAAAUCCUCAGAGAUGACCAGGGAGCUUGGGUGGAUCAACGACAAAGGCGAGCUUCAUGUUCAAGCGGAAAUCCGCGGUCUUCCAGAUUUUGCCACCUUUGAUUUUUCAGAAGAGUUAAAGGUGGUCACCUUCCGUCUAGCUGAAGGUGCUCUAUACUUUGACCGGCGGAUCCUUACAGGUCGCUCGGAAUAUUUUCGUGAGAUGCUGGCCACUGUUUGGCAAGAAUCACAGACCGGUGAAAUUGACCUCAGCAAUGAUCCACAAUGUACCAGAGCAUCCGUCUCAGCGUUAUUGGAUUUCAUGAUUACCAAUCAUUUCCAUGCUCGAGAUGUUGAUCUGGCGUUUUUGGUUCGCAUCCUGGCGGACCGAUAUCAAUUGCCACAGCUGGUGCAGCAGGUGGAUGUACAGCUGGAAGGCAUGCUCAGUCGGGAGAACGUCUUGAGUUUUCUGGGGCGUUUGCUGGGGACCAACAGCAAGCUGGAGGCCAAAUGUAUUCAGAUGUUGGAGACAGAUGGUCAAAAUAUCUUGGAACAACAGGAGGCAAAAUUGGAUCAAAUCACUGAGGAAAAUCCUGCCUUGGCCAAGAAACUGAUUCAAUUGCUUCUGCGAAAGGGAAAGAAGUACCAGCUGUCUUCCUUCUGGGUCCUCUCGUGUGUUCCGCCCAUCACCCACAGUGUGCUGAACACCUUGAAGAGAGUGGUGAUCAUUGUGGUAUCCAUCAUCGUUUUCCGCACACCCGUCACUCCUCAGAGUGCAGCAGGUACAGCGAUCGCCAUCGGCGGUGUGCUACUGUACUCCCUCACCAAGGCUGUCUUGACCCAACUGAGUGACGAUUUGGCCAGAUCUGCAAAGCCCUUGGAGACCCACUUUCGAUCGACGAAUCAGAUUGGUAUAGCCACUUUUGAGGAAAAAAUUGGAAUCAGAUUCGAUAUGCUUCCUCACGUUACGAAGUUGGACGGGCUCCGUGGCUCUGCAAGCGCUUUUUGGCGCGCCCUUCGACGGGCGUGCUCCGCUCCUGCUGAGCAGGGCGCCGGGCGGCGAGCGGCCCAGGAAAAGUUGGAGAAGGAGCGGGCAUGGCUCACUCAGCCUGUUCAGCGAGAAGUUGCUCCCAGCGUCUUCAACCCGCUGCUGGAUGAGCUGAAUGGUAUUCCGCGCCUGGACCAGGUACGCAUUGAACAUCUUGUCAGUGCAGCCGAUUUGGUGCUGGAACAAUUUCAGGUAGACCUCACAAGGAUCCAAGAGAGCCUCUACAAAAAGACACUACAGCGUCAGAGCUUGUCAUUCGAGGAAGUGGUGGGGCCUUUGGAAGUUCUACUUGAUCGCCUCGAAAAGGUAUGGGGCUCCAUAAGCUUUUUGCGAAGGGCAUGGCGAAUCUCUCCAAAGAUUGAUGAGAUCUACCAUGGCAUUUCGUACAGAAUCUCCACAGCGACAUCCAUUCUGGCACAAUCGGAGAUUCUGCAUCAGGCACUCUGGGAGCUCAAUCAACAAGAUUUGAGUGGAGUGCAACGACGCGUCGUGACGCGACUGGCUCGUGAUGGGUUCAUGAUGGGGAUUGGCAUUGAGGAUGUCGAGACCCUGAAAUCCAUGGACGAAGGUCAGAAGCAGUUGGUGCAGCUUGCAACAAGAUUUGCAGAGAACGUGGCCAAAGAUGAGGCAGAAGCCCUUUUGCGUGUGAAAUCUCAAGAAGAGAUCAAAGGACUGCCGCAAAAGGUUCUUGAUGCCACUGCCACGGAUGAGGCCUUGUUGGAAGCCGCGAACAGGCGGGAAGCCUUGCAGGCCUGCUUGGAUGCUGAAAAUCCGGAACUGCGACAGCAUGCGUUCCUGGCAUCCCGACGGCUUGGUUUUGAAGCUGGCAACCUCCCUGUGAUCGCAGAGAUGCUGCAGAUUCGUCAGGCCUGGGCCAGCGCCCUCGGCUACAAGAGCUAUGCGGACUUGGCCUUUGAAUCUCGUUCUGGAUCGAAAGCUGAGGUCGAGGUGUUGCUGGAGACCCUACGCAAAAGCAGCGAGGCAGCUGCCGUAGAAGAGUUGAAGGACCUGACAGUUGGGUUUCACGCGCAAGACAAGGAGUUGAAAGCGGCUGGCGACCUUCGGACUUCGGAUUUGCACUACUUCAAAUCGAAGAGAAAGAAUGAGCUAGUGCAGGACUUGGACCUGAAACCCUUCCUUCCACUCUCUGGAGUGGUACGUGGACUCUUCCGUCUGAUUGAGAGUCUUUUUGCAGUGAAGCUGGAGCCAGCGACGGCUCGAAAGGAAGUGCCGCUGUGGCACAGGAGCAUCCGCUUUUACCGCCUGGUGGAUACCAAGUCGGGACACCCCAUUGGUGGGCUGUACUUAGACUUGUUUCAGCAUGGCAAGAAGCUGAGCUCUGGCUUUUGGGCCGUUUGGAACCCAGGCCACGACAUGCCCGAACUUUCAUUGCGAAUGCUGCACCGAACUUUGGUGCUUCUGUUCGUUCUCUCGGAUGCGACCGAGACUGAGAAACUCAGCCCGUUGGCGAAGAACCUCAUAGCAACUCUCAGCUCUUCUGGGAUUCCGGUCAUGAGAAGAGAUGUUGGCCAUGAGAAGCGACAUGAAGAUCCCGAGAUUUGGCCGAAAAAGGCAUAUCCGAGGCAUUUGACAGCAAAAGAGCACGUGGUAAGCAACUCUCGGAUGAUGAUCAGCGUUGGCAGUAUGGCUGAUACCAAGUCUCACAAGUCCCCCGCGAUGCCGGAGGAAGAAACCGAGGAUAUGGAGACCUCUACGGUCUCGCCGGAAGAGUCAGAGUCCACCUCGGAGGAGGCCGAGGCCGGCGACAGCGAAGAGGAGGAAACAACCAGUUCUCCAGCAAGGACCACGACCAAGACCACGACUACAAGCACGAGCACCACUGUAACUGCCACCACUACAACUGCGACUACCACAACAGUGACGACCACAGAGAAGCCAACGACAGCAGCCACCUCGACAACCACAGAGAAGGCAACAACUUUGAAAGCCACAACGAAAGCUACAACCGCUACAAGUGCUACUACCUUGACGACUGCGACCCACACGAGACCUUGCAAUCAGGUCACGACCAGCACUUCACCGAGUACUCGACACAGUCUUGAGUACUUGCAGGCCGUUGAGGCUGGUGAAGUAGCUGCAUCUGCAGCGAAAGCGGAAGGCUUGCCACCGGCACAGCAAGCUGCACGAGCUGGCAAGGCGGCGGCGGAGGCAGCUGCGGCCUUUGGCUUGAAACCGCUGGAGAUGCUCUUGGCCGCGGGGCAGGCGGCUGCAGCUGCUGCAAAGGCUGCAGAGCUUGCAGCGGUGGAACAGGUACGAGCAGCUGUCCUAGCGACCGAAGUUGCUGCUCAGCAGGCUGGCGUUUCGCAAGAGAAGGAGGCCACGGCAGCUGCCAAGGCAGCCUUGGCGGCAGCAAAAGCAGCUGGUCUCAGCAGACAGGAGCAAGCCGUGGUCUCCGGUCAGGUUGUGGCUUCAGUUCGGCAGAGCUUGCGUGAUGCACUGGCCAAGAAGAUCCAGGAGAUUCACACAGCGACUGCCACGAAAGCGCCCACUUCACACAAGUCCAACAGCGAGGUCCAUGAAGCAGUGGUUGCCGCCCAUGAAGCGGCGCAGGCGGCUUCACAGGCGGCGGCACAGGCGACUGAUGCCGUGAAAUCUGCAGAGAGUGUGAAUAAGGCGAAUGGUUCAGACGUCCCAUUGGAAGAAACCAAAGCACAGACUGAUGGAGGAGGAGCUGAGAUCCAAGAUAUGCUGAAAAAGCUCUCAGAGCAAGUGGCAGA